AUGUCGUCUGCUUUUGAUGCGUUUGUCACUGUCCAUCAGUAUCAACUUGCUGCGAUUCCCAAGGAUCUAUGGCUGCCAUUGUUCAUGAAACUCGGUGAAGAUUACCUCGAUGCAGGCAACCAUGUUGAGUUACAUUACGGAGAUCCUCUCGAAGGUUACUCGCUUCACGUCAAAGCUGACCAGACGCUCAAGAAGCACAGUGAAAUUUUUCUCGUUGAUCAUGCAUGGACCACCCAACCGGAUAAUGCGCACAAGGAACUGGCCGAAAACACAAACUUAUUAUCUCGCCUGGAAAACCUGAUGGACAUUGAAUCUGAAGAGUUCCAAGAAGAGGAAGACAGUGACGAAGAGGAAUUGGAACAUGACGAAGAUGCCAUUAAAACCGUUGCAGAACAAGCCAAUGUCAGCCGUGAAACGGCGCGUGAAGCACUCGUGACCGAAAAAUACGAAGUGGUUAAUGCAAUCAUGCGGUUGACAUUGGAUGAAGAUUUCAAAAAGGAAAGCGAACGUCUUCAAGAUCAAGUUCUUGGCCAACUCAUUGCGAGCGGAAAAGCGCAAGAAAAGGAGGACAAGGUCAACAAGGAAAAGGAAGAGCGUCGUAAAACACGCCAUGCUCAGUGGCUGAAGGAGCGCGUGGACCGUGUGUGUGAUAAGAUGUGGUCGUAUUUGCAGACAUACUCGUAUUCCGUCCUCAAGCAGGAUGGUCAACCUGAAACACAGACGGCUUGGUAUAUCAACGAUGAAGUUGGUUCUGCGCUAUCCCACUCGUCAGAUCCAAACAUACUGUGUCUGCCAUUCAUCUUUUCUCGAGGAGCAAGUGGCAUGAUCCCUUACACGGUCAUGUUCCCUAUCAAGGAUAUCGCUGCUGGCGAAGUCAUGACAUGCGAUUUGGUUCCCAAAAACCUUGAACGAUCGCUAGAUAAAGCUGCUUAUCUGCUGGCAUAUGAACACCGUGUCUUGCCUGGUCAAGAAGUUGCAACACCCGAUGAGAUCAAGUCACUCGCUAAGGAUUUCCGAGAUAAGUUGGCAAAGCAAACAUACCAACCAUCCGUUGCAUUACCAGCUAAGAAAUCAAGUGAGAAAAAGCUUGGAGAAGGUGAUCCCAUAUUGGUUUACACAACGACUGAGUUCGUUCGUCGCAACUUGUCUGCACCUCACUUCAAGCUCACCGAUGCUCUUGAGAAGGCCAAUAUCAUUUGGAGCAGUCAGGAUUUUGCCGAAUGGGAGUCGCUCAAACCCGGACAAAUGGUGAAUCAGUUCCGCUACGAGAAUUGCUUGACGUACAAACAGCAGUUUGCAGACUUGAUCCAGAAAACGUAUGGAUCCCCAGCAUGGAUAGUGCCUACUUAUAACCUCAACACCCAACUUGCUGAAUUUGUGGGUCACUACCUUAGUGACGACGGUGAUGAAAAUGACGACCAGAAGCAUCACGAAAACCUUUGGAUUUCGAAACCAUGGAACUUUGCCCGUGGUCUUGAGAUUUCAGUGAGCCGUGAUUUACCCAAACUGAUCCGACAACAUGACUCGCCUACGCCAAAGAUCGCUCAACGCUAUCUAGUCAAACCAUGCCUGUACAACAGCAAAAAGUUCGAUCUGCGAUACAUUGUCCUUGUCACCUCAGACGGUACUGUGAAUGUGUACAAGAUGUUCUGGAUUCGGUUGGCCAACAAGAAAUACAACACUGAUGAUUUGGAUGAUUAUGAGGCUCAGUUCACCGUUAUGAACUACUCGAACUACCAAAUGACACAACUCGACUACAAGAGCUUCAUCCACAACAUAGAAAAGCAGCAUUCCAUUGAUUGGAGCAAGGUGCAGAAUGAUAUCAAUGGAGCCAUCAAAGAUGUGUUCUUGGCAGCUGCAUCAGAACAGCAACCAUUAGGAUUGAUCGACAACAGUGCUUCGCCAUCCUAUGAAUCGUUUGGAAUGUACGGUGUUGAUGUGCUGCUUAAUAACGAAUACCGCCCCAUCAUUGUCGAAAUCAACUUUUCGCCAGAUUGCACGCGUGCAUGCAAGUAUGAUCCUCAAUUUGUCAACAACGUUUUCGGUGCUGCGCUCGGUGAUAAGAAGGGAUUGGAGGCGUUUAAUGUAUUAUAA